AUGGAGGCCCCACAACUGGAGGCUACAACGGAACCGCAGCCGGUGCCAUCCCUGUUGCAGGAGCACUUGCUGCAGAUGUUGCUGAAGCAGAAGGCUGGAGCACGCGUGUUAGAUGCAUCUCGGGAGGGCAUCGCUUCGGCAAGUUUUCUUGUAUGUAAUUUCGCUGCGGCUUUCAUGCACCUCAGCCGUCUGGCUGCUUUAUCAGGUACAGAUUUGUCGCUGCAUAAUCUACAGGAGGCUUACCAAGUUGUGACAGCGCUAGGGUUGGAGCCACUUAGGCUGCUGACCCCUUUUUGGUUCUUCGCCUGCCUCCGGGACUGGCGGGUGUAUGCACCGGAUGCUCAUGUACUCUUCCGCGUCUCAGCAGCGCUAAUCCACACGCAACCGCCCCUGUGGCGCCCCCAACAACCUACGCAGCUGGGGGCUCUUAUGCCCCACCGACAGCGAGUCCUCUUGCUGGGGUUUACAUCGAGGCUUCGCCGCGUCAGACGACCGCGGAAUUUCGCCUACGGGAUCCUAUCCUCGGAUUCAGAAGAAGAACGCAGGGAUGGAGACAGGCCAGAAACAGCUGGCCAUGCCCUUGCAGCACAUGACAGAGAGAUGGCUGUUGCCUGCGUUGAAGCCCUCGGGGGUUCUUGCCUCUCUGCCUAUUCAGUGCUAAAAUUGGUUGAAAAGCGUUCACCAGUGAAUCCGGCGGCGCGAGACGAAGCCGAUGCAGCCAGCUACUCCUCGGAAAGCAUUGGAGUGGACGUUGUCAUUGUGGGUCAGCUCGCAAGGUUGCGAAAAGCAGGCGUUGCGUUCCUGGACAAAGGAGCAAGUCAUUAUGAAGCUGGCACGCAACAAUCGAGGGCAAGUACACAACAAAAGAAAAAAAGACUCGGAGCGAGAGCUGAGGCUGCGUUGUUGUAUAAGCUACAGGAGCUGGGUAUCCCUUGCGUACAUCAUCAGUGGCUGCUUGACUCGUAUUGCUUCGGGCGUGCACCACCGUUUGACGCAUACGUUCUCCCCACCGAGGCGGCUCACCAAAGCGAAGCACCAGCCGGCCCCAGCACUGCGCUUCGGAGGCAGCAUGUGCUGGAAGGCGUGCAGGUGCUUGUGGCGGACGCCGAAGCUGCCCGAGAUCCAGCGUUGCUGCAACUGGAGCGAGCUGAGGUUGCAAGGAAACGAGGCUCUCAAGACUAUGGCUCAGUUCUGUUUGUAAUUAAAAGAGAAGACUUAGCGGGGAUGGUGGACUUGGCAGCUGUAGCUGCCGAAGCUGUUGAGGCAGCAGCCAGCAGCCAGCAGAUGCUCGAAGGCGCGACAACAGGGAGAGCUGCAAGCACCAGAAGCGCCCAACGCCAGCAGCCUCCUCCUCUUCAGCAGGACCCGCAGCAGCAGAAGGUGCGGACGUUGAUUUCGAUGGCGCAGCAACGGGUCCUCCAGCAAUUACCAGCAGCAACGGCCCUGAAGGCGCAGAAACUGUGGGCGGAUGCAGCAAACGUUGCAGGCCAUCUAGCAGCAACCGAUGCAGCAGCAUUCGUCGCUAAGCGCAACGCCACAGCGCUUGCGGAAAUAGGGCCAGUGCCGGAGUUCUGGGCUGACGUCCUUGCCUCCGAUUCGUCUGGCCAUGUGGAGGAUGCUGCUCUUUUAGCUGCGCUGCAAGACUGUGGGGGCGCAGUAAUUUAUGGAGACUUCCCAGUUGUGGCAGAUGCGAAAGAAGCGAGAGCGAUGGGAGCCCUAGAACAGGCGUUGACUCUCUCCUGGGAUAUCCUAGAAGACAAACUCCUCGAGCAGUCCCAUUAA